GUAAUUAGAACUAUGCGUUACCUCUUUUGAAUGUAGUGGAUUACCUUGUAUUACUGUCUACUGCGAUGGCAAAGUGCUGCAUUUCGGGAGAAAAGUUCGUCAACUUUGUAUUCAGCCCGUGUAUUGGCUUGCUUGUGAGCCCUGAUGUUGAUGAGCUGUGCCUCAGAGAUAACUUAACAUUUGAGGAGCUGUUGAAACCUUUCAGUCAGUUGUCCAGAGAUGUAACGUUUAGAGAUAGUGGAAACGUUGUUCACACCGUAAGAAAUCUACAACUUAAGUUCUUCGAUGCGACUGCUAGUCCAAUCCCUAGACGUCUUACACAAAAUUGGCUCCGAUAUUUCGUAAAUGUUUGUUCUGCAGAUUACACUAUACGCUCUAAAAGGAUUUAUGAUGGGAGUCGAUCGGUGAUAGUCCCAACAUCUCUUCCAUGGUUUGAAGCAUGGCGAUAUCUAUUCAUCACAAAUUUACGCUCACCAUUUGAGCAUGAGUUUAUCAAUCAUAAUUUAGCUUGUAUAUUUGUAUUAACAACUGGCCAUCCUGAUCCAAUUCGUGGUUUCACUGAAUUAACUCAGAGUCAAUCCAACCAACAGCAUCAUCAAAAUCCUAGAAGUGGUUAUCCAUUUUGGUUCAUCGAAAAUGUACUUAAAUUCUAUGUUUUACUACAUGAUGGCUCAUCAAAUAUUAGUCAGAGUUGUGUUGAUGAAGUAUUUAGUCAAGUUAAAACAACCUUUGGCGCAAGUAAUUGUCACCUGCUAACUAUCUUCACUACGUCAGAGAAUAACAAGCUGUCAUCAGGCGGUAAUAAUAAUAGUAGUAAUAACAAUACAACUCUAUCAAAUCAUUUAGUGAACAGCCGAAUCAAUGGGAUAUCAAACCAGAUAAACAACACCUUUCAACCAAGCAACGAACCACAAUCUGAUCCAUGGUUACAUCACUUACUACCGCACGGUUAUAGACUUCAACUGGAUCAGAAGUUAUUAUCAAGUAAUCAUGACGAAGAUGUAAUGAGGUUAGAGACGACAACACUAUCAUCUAAAAAUCAAUCGCUGAGUAAUAGCAUUGGUUUGAACAAUGAUCCUUUGAAAACUAUGAAUGAAACAGGAGAAGGGGGUGAAGUCGAAAGCACUCGAAUAUUUGGUAGAAGUAAAACCUCACUUUACGAUACAUCACAUUCACAGUCUGAAAAUGUUGCCUCUCAAUCAUGCACAUUUCUGCCUCCACGUUAUUUUCAACCACAUGGACAACACUUAACACAGGCUGAUCGAGAUCGGAUACGUAUGUUUGUUUAUGAUUUCAGUGUACGAGCUCUCCUCCCAUGGGUGGAAAAAACAAUGCGUAGUCUUAAUGAUCAGAUUGCACAUCGAAUGCGUCUUUCACGUUCAUUUUUCAGUGCAACAAAAAAGUUUUUCACUCAGGCAGUUGGUGGUACUGCUGUUGUAAAUAACACUCCUAGCAGCGGUAAUAACGCAUUUUCUACCAGUGGUACUUUGUCUUCUCUGACAACUUCAAAGAUUUAUUCCACUCUUUCACCAAUUGAUGUAUUAAGUCAGUCUAAAGAUCAAUUUAUUGCAAAUGGUCCUAAAACAGAUUUAUCUUCACCGACUGACAGUACUACUAUUACUGCUACUUCAGUACUGACUCAUCAAACUACAUCGCAUACAACAACACAGAUCAAUAAUAGUUCAAUGGUUGUUUAUAGUUCUGAUUCACCAGAAUCACAAAUGCGUCGUCUAGCUGAUCUCGCCUUCUUAUUUCAACAAUAUGAAGUUGCUUAUCAAACAUAUAAUGUGUUGAAACGUGAUUUCCAAAAUGAUUCAGCUUGGCUGCAUUACGCUGGAGCUCAGGAAAUGUCUGCCUUAGCUGUUUAUCUACAAGGCAGUACGAGCCAACGUCAAUACCCAUAUCAUCUUAUGGACUCCGCAGUAACCACUUAUCUCCAAGGUCACUUAUCUCCAGAGCUUGCUUUACGAUCAACUUUGUUGAACUUUGAAGCACUGUGCAGCAGAGGUCUGUACAAUGAAGCUGCAAUGGCAAUAGUUCGACUAACAUCAGACGUAAGUCAUCCAUUUCGACAGACGUACCUGUAUGUUUUAAUGUUUGCUGUUAAACAUUCCCCUUUUUCAAUAAAGGAUUUUGUGGUGGUUAACUGGUUCGAACUAAAUGCCAACAUGUUCGUCACGAGAUUUAAUGGUCUUAGGUAUCAUCCAUUGUGUGUGUGCACUGCUGUGGAUUCAAACUAAAAUGACAUAGGUGUUCACUGUUUCUAGAUUCCUAUCUGUUCUUUAUCCAGUACCAGUCUUUUUUAAUUCCCGCUUUAUUCACCAUAAGCGUAAACAAUUCCGAGUAAAGUAUGCAUAUUCUAGUGGAAGACGCUGCAGAUUUAGCACAAGUGUAAAAACUAAUGUGUUUUUGCACCACUUACAUCCAUUGUUGUUAAGUUAUCUCAUGUCACCUUGCCAAUCAUCGGUGAUAGUGGUGAUUUAUCCUAUUGAUAUGGACUCAAAUAUCUGUUUAUUGACAAAUCAGAGUACAAAGAAGGUUAGUUAACGUGUUGUGAGUCUAAAAGUGAUUAGUUUUGUCUGCAAGAUCGAACCCGAAGGGUAGAACAAAUGCCGGAAAACUGGAAACUCGAGGGGACAGGUAGUCAACAUAUACUGAUUAAGCCGUCGACUAUAGUAGAAACAACCCAACAACACAAAAUUAGUUGCAUACAGACUCUAUUC